AUGGACGAACCGACAAAGGCAGAGUAUGAGCUCCAGUCACAGAAACUACGUGUCGAACUCAAGACGUGGGAGACCUCCUGGGCAAAGUCUCACGAUGGGAAGAAGCCGGGCAGAGGCGAUAUCAAAAGCAACGCCGACAUAGCGCAAAAAUACAAGCAAUACAACAAAGUCCGCGACAUCCUUUCAGGAAAGAUUCCUCCACCUUCAAAAGAAGCUCCGAAACCAAAGAAGCGGGACGAUAUCCCCCCCCUCGCGAGGACGCCUUCGAAGAAAACCAGGCACACCGAAACGCCCUCGAAAAGAAGGACGAAUCCCGAAGAUGCCGCCCUCACUAGCACCCCCUCGAUCUCCAGAACCCUCUUCAGCCCCGUGGCUCCAAGAUCGAUUGGACCUACUCCACAGCGCGAUGGUCGUGUACUGGGAUUGUUUGACCUAAUGGUGGAGCGUGAGCUCGGAACACCGUCAAGAAAGAACAUCAACACCUCUGCCGACGCCAGAGUAAUGACGACACCAAGAAAACGUGCGACACCCAUGGACGAGGAGGAUGAUGCGAAAUUUGGGCGGACGCCAAUGUCCACGAGCAAACGGCAAAUGCUAGACAGCUUCAUGACACCUCUGAAGAACAAAGAUGUCCCUGCAGCAGACGCCAAAACACCAACAACUGUUUCGAAGCUUCAGUUCAGCACCCCGUCCUUCCUCAAAAGACACACCCAGCCACCACCCAGCAAGAGCGAUGACUUCACAGCGCCGCCCCUGCGAUUACCUCGGAAACCACUGGUUCGUGGCCUCAGUGCUAUUGUAGCAAGUCUCAGAAAGGUGGAAGAAGAUAACUUGGAUAACGAAGACGAACUCGAGGCUCUACGGGAGGCGGAAGGCGAAGUUGUGCAGCCUAAAGUGCCUCCGAAGCCGAAAGCGGAUAUUCUCGCUGCAGACAGUCAGGUCAAUCUUCCUCUUGGAGGGUUUGAUGACGAGGCUCUUUACGACAGUCCCGAUGAAGAGCAGGUGGGACGUGAUGGAAUGCCGCUAAGGGUAUACAAGAAGAAGGGGCAGAAACGAACGACGAGGAGAUCCAACAUGAAGCCUGUCCACGUUAAACGGCCAUCGGCUCCCGCCGAGGAAGAGGCACAAGAAGGAGACGAAGAAGAAGGCGUGCCAAAAACACAAAACAGUGGUGAUCCAGAGGACGACUAUGAUGAGCUCGCGGGCUCGGGUUCGGACACAGAGUUUGACGAGUCGGCACCAAAAACCAAGUCCAAGAAGAAGGAAGAAAAGAAGACGGAGAAGGUCGGGGCGGUCAAGAAGGCCGUCAGAAAGGUGAACGCAAUGGCGCAUACGAAUUUCCGGCGAUUGAAACUGAAGAACAACGGCGCGAAAGGCGGGCCCGGAUACAACAGCAAGUUCAGAAGACGACGCUGA